AUCAGAGGGAGACGAAGAGAGCAGGCAUCAUUAUAUAUGCUGAAAUAUCAGGUUGAAUCAAACAAUGCAAAGAUGAAGAAGAGUCUGUUUCUGCUCAUCCUGACAGGUCAGUGUUUCUUUGCCAACUGUGACCUCUAUGAGUACCGCUUUGUUGAUAAACCAAAGUCCUGGCAUCAUGCCCAGACGUAUUGCAGACAGAACCACACAGACCUGGCCACAGUGUUGGACAUGACAGACCUGCAGAGACUCAGAGGGUGGAAGGGUCAAACAGAAGCCUGGAUCGGGCUGUACAGCAGCCCAGGAAAAGACAACAGGACGUGGCACUGGUCUUGGCCAGGGCUAGAGUUCAACAAAAGUACAGCGAAGUGGCAAACAGGCGAGCCAAAUGAUCCUGGAACAAACGAGAACUGCGUGAAGAUGAGUGAGAGCAAGUGGACAGAUGUUCGGUGUGUCCAAUCACAUACAUUUAUCUGCUACAAUGAAACACAGACAGAAACUGAAAAAUUCCAUCACAUAAACAAGACAAUGAACUGGACACAGGCUCAGAAAUACUGCAGAGAAUAUUACACUGACCUGAUCAGUGGACCUGAUCAGUCAAAUGGAUCCGAGACACGGACCACACCCUGGAUCGGCCUGUUCAGAGACACUUGGCGUUGGUCCGAUGGGAGCAAUUCAAGCCUCAGACACUGGAAACAGGGGUCUUUUGAAUCUGGAGUUGAUAAUGAAGAAUGUGCAGUAAUGUUGAAUGGAUCUGCAUACUGGCAACCUCAUAGUUGUGGUGAAGAAAAACGCUUCUUCUGCUAUGAUGACAAAGUGGUCCUGGUCCAACAAAGGCUGACCUGGGAGCAGGCCUUAUACUACUGCAGGGAUAACUACAAUGACCUGGUCUCCAUCACGAGUGCUCGCCAGCAGAGAUGGGUCCAAGCCAGAGCCAAGAACGCCUCCACCUCCCACGUGUGGCUGGGACUGCGCUACACCUGCACUCUGGAUUUCUGGUUCUGGGUCAGUGAUGAGGUGGUCAGCUACAAGAACUGGGCUCAAGAAAAAGAGACGGAUGACUGUGACAUGUCUGGAGCCAUGGCAAAAGAUGGAGAUCAUAAGUGGUUCAAAAUGCAGGAUGAGGAAAAGUUUAACUUUAUCUGCUCCAAGGAUUAGAAACAACUUUCCCCACUGGUAGCAGAUGUUUUAUUCUUUCAUCGUGUUGUCUGUAGUGGUCAGUUUUGGGCCUGAUGUUUUGGAGUGCCUUCAUAUACAGAGAGGAUUUCUGGUGUUACAAUUUCAACUUUAGACAAUUUAAGAUAAUGUCUGUUAUAUUCCACAACACUCAAUGAAAAUGUGUGUUUAGAGUAGUAAUAUGAAGAACUGGUGAAUGCAAAUGUACAAAUGAAACCAUUGCCUUUUGUUGCCCCACAGCUCAAUCAAGGCAAUAAUAUAAAACAACCAUAGUUGAGAAUUUUGGAGUGGCCAAUCCGAUUUUGAGGAAGGCCCCAUACAACCCCUGGCUCCACCCAUGUUAGCAGUGUGUUUCCU